UUGAACAACCGGUGACGCAAUAUUAGUUUGCGCGCGAGGCAUGAUAAUAAGCGGGGACGUCGUUGCUCGUCGGCGCGCCUCGCGAUCAGAUAAAGCGCACGAAAUUGUUCCCCGCCCCGAGGUCGACGCACCGCCGCCGCCGCCGCCGCUCGCGUAUCCGUCGCGGAGGAGAAGCCUGAUAAAAGAUUCAGUCCGGUUCCGUCGCCGCUGCCGGCCUGCCGUCGCAUUCCCGAAUUCCCGCUGGCGGAAACGCGCGAAAUGGAGGCGGAGCGUAGACUGGAGCAGUUGAAGAGGGCGACGGACAGAAUACAAAGGGAAAUCGAAGAAGUCACCGAGAGGGAACACGAACUGCGGAACGUGGGUAGCAUUAAAACCACAUCCCACGAGACAGUGGACUGCAAGGUGCGUCGUAUGCCGCAGGCUCUGGUCUCGGGCAAGCUGAAAAGGACAACGUCCACGCCGCAGAUACUGGAGACAGUCAGCCCGACGUCGCUGUCGCCAAACCUGACGCCAAAGAUGACGAACGGCGUGAUAUCCACGCGCACCACGCCGACACCGCUGCGUUUCGCGACUACGCCGAGCCAGAAGGGUCUGAUGCACAGGUUCCUGGCUACCCGAGGAAAGCUCUACAGGAACAAAUCGCCGAACAAUGGCAGUUUGAGUCCUCCCAUAACGCCCACCAUCACGCUUAAUCCUCUGAGCAUCAAGGCCUUCAAUAGAACGUUGGAGAUACCACUGGAGCCGGACGACGAGCCAAAGAAGCCAUUAACGAGGAAGGGAUACGUUCCUGUCGAGAAAAAGAUUCAAAAGGAGCUACAUGACAUGAGAGAACGAGAGAACGAAUUGAGAUUAAUGAGAUCGCAGAUGUUGGCGAAGUCUCAGCCGAAUCUACUUGACAUAGGAAACGAUAACGAUUCCGAUAUUUACGACGGCUCCGGUUCUCUCAGAAGCGGCGCUUCCACUAAUACUUUGAACGAGGAUGAAACUGAGAGAGAACAUAAGGGAAAACAUAAGCCUAAUCCACGACGCCGGAACACGCUCAUCGCGCAAUGGGAAAAUUUGAUAGCCGCUAAGAGAGAGUCUAUCGAAAAUAACAACGAAAAAGACAGCUACUUUUGAAAGUUCUUUAGCCUUACGUAUCUGUUUGCAACUUUAUCUUUAUCAUAUCGUUUUUCCGUUCUAUUUAAAUGAUCGAUCGUAAAUCAGUAAUACUUAUUAUUAAUAUUACAGCGAACAACCGCGUUUGUAUCGUAACAAGUCCGUUGCUCCGCUUUUUUUUUUUAAGCGUAUCUUAAAUGCAUGAAUAUCUUGUUUUAUAUGUAUAGUUUGUUUACGAAUGAACAAUUUUUUUGUGUGUUUAUAUAUUUAUGCGCUCCAGCGUUAAUUAGAAUAUACCACGUCGCCGCUGCGUGUGUUAUCAGUAUUAAAAGUUGUGCUGGCUUAAAUGUUAUUAAAACGCAACUGCUUAUGAAAUUGAAGGAUCUUUUUAAAUAGGAUACACACUUUGUUUCCGAUUCGUUUUCGAUGAAUUGGAUAACACGAAUGCGAUAUGUAAAAUAUCCUCACUCGCGAGCGAGUGAAGAAAUUCUCGUACGUUUGUCGUUUAACGUAACUUUGCCGGUGUAAAGUGCUUAUUAAUUAUAACGAUCGUUAGUUUACUCGAUCAGCGUAUGUAUAGUAUUAUAUAUAUCUAUAUUAAAUAUUAAUUAGAGUAAUUAUUGUAAAGAUAGUAAGAUAUUCGACGGAUACCUCCAUACACCUGAAAAAUUCAAUCAUAAUAACAAUAUCAAAUAAUAAUUACUACCUAUUACAGAGUAUUAUGCGCGAGAUUAAUUAGACAAAGCAUAUAGCUCUGGACUAAACUGAAAAUUACGCAUAUUGGUUUUCGGUCGUGCAAUAUUAAAUUAUACAUUUAGUCUCUACAACGCAGUUUUUAUUUUAUAAUUUGCAGUUGUUACGUUUUUCAACAUGUGUAAAUGUCAACAGCACAAUACAUUAUAUAUAUAUGUUUUAUCAUAAUUCAUACUGCGAUUUAGCUUCUCAUUCUAAUAUUUGCCGUUAGCGGAAAUUGGCAAAUUCUAGAUGGGUAUUUUGAUUACAGGUUGAAAUACCUCGAAAUAUUGAUUGCAAUUUAUUAAUAAAUAAAAAUGUUAAAUGUGAAUAAAUUGAUACAUACUGAUCGAGACUGAAUAGAAAAAGAUAUGAUUAAAAGUGUAUAAAGAAAAUAUCGAAUGUAAAAAUAAAAAUUGUGCUGUAAUA